AUGCAUCAGAUUUUCCAUAACAAUCUAACCAACGCCAUGGACUCCAAGAAGCUUCGUAGAAAACCUAAACUCGAGCGUCGUAAUGCUCUCAAGUACUUCGAUUACGACGCCGGAUCAUCUUCCUCUUCCUCUUCCUCCGAUGAUUCUUCUGGUUCGCUUUAUACUCGUUCUAUGGAGUUGUAUGAUCGUACUAGCUUCCGAAUUGAAGGGGUUGAGGGUGAGCUCGAUCGGAUUUGCAGGAGUUUGGGACUUUCUGGACCGGAUGAUUUUGCUAUUCCGGCGGCUGCAUGGGAGGCUAUGAAGACUCGGUACUCUUUGGAUAGUCUUCCUAGUUUGAAGCUUGAAGAGGUAGAUUUUCAGAAGGUAAAUAAGGUGAGAAAGUCAGACGAGGAGGAAGGUGAACUGGAUGUGAAAUACGAAGAUAGGGAUACAGAUAGGGGUAGGGUUACAGAUGAGGUUGCUGAGACUGUUGUUGUUGCUGCUAGUGAUGGCGGUGGUGGUGGUGGUGGUGGUGGGGGUAUCAAUGAAAUUCAUCCACCUAUGAUUAAGACGUCGGAGUUGGCUCCGGUAAGGGAAGGGGAAGAAGGGAUUUUGAAUGAGGAAGUUGGUUUUGGCAGGGUAAGUUCAAUUAGAGAAGAGGAAGAGCGGGCGGUGGAAAAUAUGGAUAUGAUUGCUGAGAUUGUUGUUGGCCUUUCAGAAUCAUCUUUGUUUAGUACUACAUCUAAUGAAGACGAUUUAUCUAGCACUGCCAUGGAACCUUGGUACAAUAAUAUGUCUCCUAAUUGGAGAAUUAAGCGUACUAUUACCCCGGGAUGCUGGCAAAAGGGUCAUUUUUUGGGCGGUGGUUCGUUUGGAUCUGUCUAUGAAGGAAUUUCUGACGAUGGAUUCUUUUUUGCUGUAAAAGAAGUUUCAUUGCUUGAUCAAGGGGAUCAGGGAAAACAAAGUGUCUAUCAGCUGGAGCAGGAAAUUGUACUUUUGAGUCGUUUUGAACAUGAUAAUAUAGUUCAAUACUAUGGCACUGAAAUGGAUGAAUCCAAGCUUCAUAUCUUUAUUGAGCUUGUAACCAAAGGUUCUCUUAGAAGCCUCUAUCAGAGGUUUACUCUCCGAGAUUCCCAAGUAUCCGCCUAUACAAGACAGAUUCUGUAUGGUUUGAAGUAUCUUCACGAUCAAAAUGUGGUUCACAGGGAUAUCAAAUGUGCAAAUAUAUUGGUGCAUGCAAGUGGAUCUGUCAAACUUGCAGAUUUUGGGUUAGCAAAGGCAACCAAGUUGAAUGAUGUUAAAUCAUGCAAGGGGACAGCAUUCUGGAUGGCCCCUGAGGUUGUGAAAGGAAAGAACAAAGGUUAUGGGCUUCCAGCUGAUAUUUGGAGUCUGGGAUGCACUGUGCUAGAGAUGCUAACGGGACAAAUUCCAUACUCCAAUUUGGAAUGUAUGCAGGCAAUAUUUAGAAUAGGAAAAGGUGUGCUACCUCCUAUUCCUGAUACUCUUUCAAGAGAUGCAAAAGAUUUUAUCAUGCAGUGCCUUCAAGUUAAUCCCGAUGAUCGUCCUACUGCUGCUCAACUCUUAAACCAUCCGUUUCUCCAAAGGCCACUUUCACAGUCUUCAUCUCCUUACAUUCAUGGCAGAAGGGAUUAA